GUGGACAGUUUUGGGCCUAAUGGGCGGCCUCAUCACAACCAAUUAUAUUUCCAUGAUUUGGGCUUCUGGGACCGCUAUUUGCAACGGCAGCGCGUGGAGAACAUCACCCAACGGACACAUCCCUAGACAAUACAGGUGUCCACCAGCAGCGCGCAUGUGUGGCACGCGUCGCCCAUACCUUCCGACCUCAUCGGCAAACCUAAAACUGCAAAAUCGUAAAGCUAAAAUCCCUUGACAUUGAAUUAGUGAGAGAAAAAUGGCAAACCUACCUCCGUCUCUGAACUUGAAGGCGCCCCCCUUUGAAGCCGGCAGCAGUUCUACAAUCGCAGCAGCAGCCGCCGCCGCUGCCAACAAGGACCGCAGAAUGCAAUCGGCUGAGCAUCUGGUUCUUGAUCUUUGCAAUCCCGAUCUCCGGGAAAACGCACUCCUCGAACUGUCCAAGAAGAGAGAACUGUUUCAAGAUUUGGCCCCAUUGCUUUGGAAUUCCUUUGGUACAGUUGCUGCUCUUCUGCAGGAAAUAGUCUCCAUUUACCCAGUUUUAUCACCUCCAAACCUAACUCCUGCACAAUCGAAUAGAGUUUGCAAUGCACUCGCCCUACUUCAGUGUGUGGCCUCACAUCCAGACACGAGAAUGUUGUUCCUCAAUGCCCACAUUCCCCUGUACUUAUAUCCUUUCCUUAAUACAACCAGCAAAUCAAGGCCCUUUGAGUAUUUGAGGCUUACGAGUUUAGGCGUCAUAGGUGCUUUGGUCAAGGUUGAUGACACUGAAGUUAUCAGUUUCCUUCUAUCUACAGAGAUCAUUCCCUUGUGCUUGCGCACAAUGGAGAUGGGAAGUGAAUUGUCCAAGACAGUGGCAACAUUUAUUGUGCAGAAGAUUUUGCUUGAUGAUGUGGGCUUGGAGUACAUAUGCACCACAGCGGAGCGGUUCUUUGCCGUAGGUAGAGUGCUAGGAAACAUGGUUGCUGCACUUGCUGAACUCCCUUCGUCUCGGCUGUUAAAGCACAUAAUCAGAUGCUACCUUCGGUUGUCUGAUAAUCCAAGAGCCUGCGACGCCCUGCGAAGUUGUCUGCCUGACAUGCUUAGAGACGCCACUUUUAGCAGCUGCCUUCGUGAGGAUCCGACUACAAGAAGGUGGUUACAACAAUUGCUUCACAAUGUGCAAGGGCCUCGAGUUGCCAUGCAAGCAGGAGCUGGUUUCGACCAUAUGAUGGUCAACUAACUGUUAUAGCGCAAGGCAUUGAAAAUUGACAUAUUGCUUGUUCCGGAAUUGGCUGCUGUGAGUGUUGAUCAUAUAUAGUCAGCUGGGUUCCUUUAUAUAUAUAUAUAGACGGACAAUUACUGAUUUUUAUCUGUAAGAAAACCUGCAAACUAGAACCUUGAAUUCGCAGCAAUCAGCUUAGAAGCUAACACAUACGAGUGUUUGACCCCUUAACUCUGUACUGCAAGGUUGUUUGAGCCAGCUGCAAACAAUUCUGCACAUAUAAUUGAUAUAUUGUGUCUAGUUACUACCCUUA